AUGCGUGUACCUCUGAUCCGACUGCAGUGCGGCGUCAACAGCUACGACUGGGGCAAGGUCGGCAAGGACUCUGCAGCCGCCAAAUUCCACGCUGCGACAGCCGCAGAAGACUUUUCAAUUCAGGAGGACAAGCCUUAUGCUGAGCUAUGGAUGGGCACACACCCUUCGCUGCCCUCAAAAGACCUCGAAACCCAGCGUUCCCUGCUCGAGCUCGUCCAGGAGAACCAAGCGCUGCUCUCCGCCGACAUCGCCGAGCGCUACGAGAACAAGCUCCCCUUCCUGUUCAAGGUCCUGUCGAUUGGCAAGGCCUUGAGCAUCCAGGCCCACCCGAACAAAAGCCUUGCCGAGCAGCUGCACAAAAAGGACCCCAAGAACUAUCCUGAUGACAACCACAAGCCCGAGAUGACCAUCGCGGUCACGCCCUUUGACGGCCUCUGCGGUUUCCGACCCCUCGACGAGAUUGCGCACUUCUUCCAGACCAUACCCUCGCUGCGCAAGCUGGUCGGCGAGGACGAGGCCAAGAGCUUCGAGGACACAGUCAAGGGCAAGGAGACAUCGGACAAGGCGGAGGAUGUCAAGGCCAACAAGAAGGCCCUGCAGUCGGCCUUCACCAAGGUCAUGAACACAGACAAGGACGCCCUGGCCUCGGCCGCGAAGGAGCUGCUCUCCGCGGCCCGAUCCGAAGGCUCGUCUUUCGCGGGCAACGGUGGGCCCUCCAACUCCGGCACGCAGCUCGCCGACCUGGUCGUCCGCCUCGAUGCGCAGUUCCCCGGCGACAUUGGGCUCUUCGUGCAGUUCUUCCUGAACUACGUGCAGCUCGAGGUCGGUGAGGCCAUGUUCCUCAAGGCCGACGACAUCCACGCCUACCUCUCGGGCGACAUCAUCGAGUGCAUGGCGUCGUCGGACAACGUAGUGCGCGCCGGCUUCACGCCCAAGUUCAAGGACGUUGACACCCUGACGGCCAUGCUGACGUACUCGUACGCACCCAUCAGCGAGCAGAAGAUGAGCCCCAAGGACUACGCGUACGCCAAGCUGAAUACGACGGCCUACUCGUCCAACUCGUCCAACACCCUGUACGACCCGCCGAUCCCCGAGUUCGCUGUCGUCCGGACGGCGCUGAACAAGAGCGGCGCCAAGACGACGUUCGACCCCAUCGACGGUCCCAGCAUCAUACUGUGCACCAAGGGCACGGGCACGAUUAGCGUGGGGCCCAAGAAGGAGGAGCUGAAGGAGGGCUACGUCUAUUUCGUUGGCGCGACCGCCGAGGUCGUCAUCGAGAGCGCGACCGAUGCUGGCAACGAGGAAGGCCUAGUCACAUUCAAGGCCUUCUGCCAGCUCGACGAGGAGGCGAAGCAGAAGCUGUAG